CCGGCAUCCGUCAACACCUACAAAUACCAAUAAUGCGCACUCCGUUCCGUUGGAAAGUUAGAAAUCACUGACUGUUCAGUGAGAGACAACAUGGGUAUAUGGACCUGGAUUCGGAGUAGGUUGCAGGAACCUCAAUAUGGAGAGACAGAGGCUCGUUCAAGCCAGGCCGAAUUCACUUUCAAAGCAGUCGCUAUAGGCCUGCUAAUAGGCUGCUUGCUGUGCUUUACGAACUUGUACUUUGGAUUGCAGACAGGAUGGAUUAGCAUGAUGUCACUUCAAUCCGCCCUGAUUGGUUUCUUGCUGUCCAAGAUGCUCCCCACUCCCCUUUCUCCGCAGGAAAUCAUCGUAGUGCAGACCACUGCAGUUGCUACCGGCACGAUGCCACUAGCAGCGGGGUUUGUUGGAAUUUUACCUGCGCUAGGUCUACUCGAGGAGGAAAAGGAUGGGAGCCCACCAAUUCGUCUUUCUUGGCUUGCUGCCAUAGGAUGGUCAUGCUCAGUCGCAUUUUUCGGAGUAUUCUUGUCACCUCCCAUUAGAAAGCAAGUUAUCAUCAAAGAGCAACUGGCGUUUCCAUCUGGCACGGCGACUGCUCAGCUAAUUUCCGUCCUACAUCGAAUGCCCCCUCCAGAUACUACGUUGCGACACCGUUCCGGCUAUAGGGCAAUUGAUACAGAAGAUUCGACACAUCCAACCGCAGCCACGGACGUACCUGAGAAUCAUCAGGAAGCUGCCGCAGAACACGACUUUGAUGAAAGAGAGGCUGUUCAGCGAGAAGGCUGGGAAGAUUUGCUAAUGAGCUUCCUUGCUUCCGGGGCAAUGACUCUUGCCGCAUAUUUUUUCCCGAUUGUCUUCGCGAUUCCGCUAUUCGGGAAGUACCUAGCCAGAGAAUGGCUUUGGUCUUUUACUCCUAGUUUGUCGUAUGUCGGUCAAGGCAUUAUCAUGGGUUUCCCAACCACCUUGAGUAUGAAUUUGGGCAUGCUUGUGGGUUGGGGUAUCUUAUCACCCCUGUCGAAGCACUCUGGGUGGGCUCCUGGUCCAGUGGGCGACAUGUCUACAGGCGCGCGCGGCUGGAUCCUCUGGAUAUCUCUGGCCAUCAUGUGUGCCGACUCCCUCAUUUCUCUCCUUCCUGUUGUCUAUGAGUACUGUAUCAAACUAGUAGCUUGGUACAGACCAACAAAGCCUGGCGACGAUGCAGAAACGCAUGAAGAUCUUGAAGUAGAAACCGCUGACCGACUUGUCCCAACGGAGUGGGUCAUUUACGGUCUUAUAGGCAGUAUAUGUGUUGGGACAAUUUUGGUUUGGAUCGUCUUCGGAAAUGAGGGUAUCAAACCAUGGGCAACCCUGAUCGGUUUCAUGAUGGGUGGAUUACUCAGCAUCCUGGGGGUGCGGGCACUGGGAGAGACUGAUUUGAAUCCUGUAAGCGGACUGGGGAAGAUCUCGCAACUUCUCUUUGCUUGGAUACAACCCGGCAAUGUGGUUGCAAAUAUCAUUGCCGGAGGUGUUGCAGAAGCUGGCGCUCAACAAGCUGGAGACCUUAUGCAGGACCUCAAGACUGGUCAUCUGAUACGUGCUUCCCCGAGAGCCCAAUUCUAUGGUCAACUUAUCGGAUCAUCAUUGUCAAUCAUUGUUUCAGCAACUGCUUAUACCCUGUACCAACGAGCAUAUACGAUACCCGGACCUUCUUUUCCUGCGCCGACUGCGUACGUCUGGCUCAGCCUGGCUCGCCUCCUCCGUGACGGGCAACUUCCUCAAAAUAGCGCCUCCUAUAUGGUGCUGUUUGCGAUAAUCUUCGGAGUCAUCGCAGGUGUCAAAGUUAUGGCUGCACAACACAACCACCCCUAUACAAAGUGGAUCCCUUCCGGGAUUGCAUUCGCCAUUGGAUUUCUGAACACGCCUUCUUUUUCUUUGGCACGUUUGAUCGGCGGGAUCAUCGAAUAUAUGUAUCACAAGCGCGUUGCAAAAUCUGGAGGCGCGGAUAUUAGGUUAAUUGUGAUUGCAAGUGGUUUUGUGUUGGGCGAAGGAGUGAUCAGCGUGAUUUCGUUGGUGCUGAAGACAUAUGGAGUGGGCGUGGCAAGUUGUUGGGGCUUGAUUUCGAUGUGGCGUGAAUGGGCGCACGGGCAGGCAGCCGCUUUUCUGUAG